AAAGAGAGAAGUUGUCGAUUUGCUCCACCAACGACUGUUCGUUCUCCUGCUCCCAUGGCGCCUUCCGGCACCGUCGCUGAUCCCCUACCAACUUCAACCAACGAUUCAUUUAAUUCCGGCGACACAUCAGAGAAUGACAUUCGGCCAUUUUUUGUACUCCACAAGGCUUCGUCUGGGAGCAACCUCCAUGGGAAAUUAAAUGGGACUGUGAAAAGCAAACGGAGGAUUGAGUCGCCUACGCCUAAAAUUGCUAAGAGAUCUGAAGUCGAAAGCGUUGAAGAAGAUGGCCAAUUUUUCUCGACUCUACGCUUGAAAGUAUUUGAGACUGUCUGGUCGAAAAUCGAAAAGACAAUCGCAGAUGUUCUGAGAAAUUCCAACUCCAAAGUAUUUAGUGGGAUUUAUGAUUGGAUAAGGGAAUCAUUUGAAUCGAUCGUAUCAUCUGGGGCACUGAGGAUAUCAGAAGCAGUUCGAUCUUAUCCUGUUUUAACUCAGGCUUCUUCCAAGCAACUGCUCACUGCUAUGGUUCUCACAAGGAAUCUGGAAAUGGUUGAUGAUUUAUUGACUUUUCAAGAACUGGAGUUGCAAUUGAAGACUCAAGGAUGCCAUGUGGCUAAGCUUUCAUCUAUGGACUUCUCAGCCAAGACUAGUGUAGGAGGUUGCCUUAGAGGUUUGUUACGCCAGUUUGUGAUGCCAACCAUAGAUGUGGCUGAUGUAACCAUUCUUGCAUCAUGGUAUAGAGAAAACAAAAACCAUGACAAUCCCGUGGUAAUAAUUGUGGAUGAUACAGAGAGAUGCUGUGGGUCUGUCCUGUCAGAUCUAAUUCUUAUAUUGAGUGAAUGGGCAGUCAAAGUUCCAAUUUUUUUAGUAAUGGGUGUGUCCACAGCACAUGAUGCACCUAGAAAGAUACUAUCAGUGAACGCGCUGCAGAGACUGUGUGCUAUUAGGUUUACUCUUAGUUCUCCUGCCGAACGAAUGGAUGCAGUUCUCGAGGCUGUUUUUCUAAGGCCAUGCUCUGGGUUCACUGUUAGCCAUAAGGUGGCGAUUUUUAUGAGAAGUUACUUUUUGUGCCAAGAUGGAACACUGACAUCUUUUGUUCGAACUCUCAAGAUAGCUUGUCUACAGCAUUUCUCAUCAGAGCCUUUAAGUAUCAUGCUCGAGCACUUCUGUCAAGAUGGUAUUAAUCAGCUGUCAGACAAAGGUACUGGACUAUUGACAGAAGCAACAAUGAAGCAUGCCUUUCACUUGCCAUCUGUGACGAGGAAUAAAAUUACGCGGAGUACUUAUGAAAUGCUGCCUCAGUUUUUGUCUGACUUGCAAAGGAUGCCAAAUCCCUGGAGCAUAGUAAUUUUGUGUAUAUAUGAAGCUGGAAAGUAUGAUAAAGUUCGACUGCUAGACAUAUUCUGUGAGACACUUGACCCAGAAGCACGUUACUUGAGAUAUUUUUCACCUUCGGCAACUGCCAACUGUCAGACUCACGAUUCAGGACGUAGUUGUGUUAUUAGACGGGUUCUGCGCAAGCUCAGGGACCUUUCACCUUCACAGCUGUCUAACAUGUUGAAAAGUUGGGAAAAUCUCACUGCGGAUUUCAGUGAGAUCAAUGAUAAAGUAAUGGAAUUGCAUCCGUUUAUGAGAUCCGUGGAAGCAGCAGGUCAGAGACAAGGACUUCCUAACAGCCCAAAAAAGCAUGCAUCACGAAGCAUUUCAAAACAUGAAAAGGAGCUUAAAGCCAUGACUGAUAAGGUCGCCGUAGUCAUAGAAUUCAUGCUAAGGGAAUAUAUGAAGCCAGUUGAGAAUGUUCCUUUCCAUGAAAUUUUAUGUUUCAAGGAUGUCGAUAAACUUCAAUCAGCUUUGCUUGGAGACCCAAGAGGCAGGAUCCAAUCAGAUCUACUGGAAUCUCACAAUAUCCUUCACUGUGUGUGUUGCAGCAAGAGAGGAACAAAUCUAUUGCCUUCCAUGCACGAUACGUCGAUUUUGUACACACUGGCACAAGAGCACGCUGAUGUUAUUAACCUCCAUGACUGGUAUCAAUCUUUCAAGACAAUACUUGUUCCCCGGACUAGCAAAGCUAAACCAAAAUCAAAGUCAUCUUCAAAAUCAAAGAAACGGAAGGAUAUAUGCGAAGAACCAGAAGCACCCGCUGAAGCUCUAAUUCAAGCUCGAUUUUGCAGAGCUGUAAUGGAGCUUCAGAUAGCAGGACUAAUUCGCAUGCCUUCAAAAAGACGUCCAGAUUUUGUACAAAGAGUGGCUUUUGGUUCUUAAGGAUAGUUUCAAUACUUCCUUCCAUUCUUCCCAUGGACGAACAAGGCCAACGUAAAUUGCCUGAGGACCAUAAAAUCCCAAGUUGAAGAUCCCAAUGGAUACUUGUCCAGUUGGAAUUUUGCCAACGAAACUGAAGGGUCUAUCUGCUCACUCAACGGUGUCGAUUGUUGGGAUCUGAAAAGGGUUAUGAGCAUUCAGCUUUCUGGUUAUGGUCUCAAAGGAGAGUUUCCUCUUGGAAUUAAGGAAUGUUCUGAUCUGACAGGUCUGGAUCUCUCUAGAAACAACUUCUCUGGUCCUUUACCAUCCAACAUAUUCUCUUUAAUUCCAUUUGUUACAAUUCUCGACCUCUCCUACAAUCAAUUCUCCGGUGAAAUCCCUGUCAGCUUAUCAAACAUUAACUAUCUGAACAGUCUUACGCUUAGUCAUAAUCAGUUCACUGGCCAGCUUCCUCCCCAGCUAGUGCUACUUAAACGGCUCAAAUGGUUCUCAGUGGCAGACAAUCUUCUGACCGGCCCUGUCCCGAAUUUUGAGGAAUCCUUGCACAUCGUACCUGAGAAUUAUGCUAAUAACCUGGAUUUGUGUGGUGGGCCUCUAGAUGCUUGCGUUGAUCGGGAAGAAGAUAGAGAAGAAACUAUCCCGUUCGGGAAGAUGAGUGCAGCAAUUGGUGCGGCUUUUUUUGCACCAGUAGGUGCAUUCUUAGGCUGGUUCUUCUCCAAUGGUAGUAAAGAGAAACAAGGAGAUAUAAGACGCCGAAACUGGUUUUAGUACAUUGGUGACUGAAAGUAUCUUGAUCAAUGUCAUUUCUACACACUUAUACAACAGGUAACUAAAAAGAGUAUAUCUAAUACUUUAUUAUAUCUACACCUUAAGAUACUUGAGUAAACUAUGAUUUGUGACACACAAAUAAAUUACUGUAUUAUGUUAAAAGUU